GGGUCUAUGGUCGCUCCGCGGGCCGUCCCGUCGGCUGGUGCUUUUUUAUCAGGGCAAGCUGUAUUCCAUGGCAGGGAACUUUUGGCAGAGCUCCCACUAUUUGCAAUGGAUUUUGGAUAAACAAGACCUUUUGAAGGAGCGCCAAAAGGACUUAAAGUUUCUCUCAGAAGAAGAGUAUUGGAAAUUACAAAUAUUUUUUACAAAUGUUAUCCAAGCAUUAGGUGAACAUCUUAAAUUAAGACAACAAGUUAUUGCCACUGCUACAGUCUAUUUCAAGAGAUUUUAUGCCAGAUAUUCUCUGAAAAGCAUAGAUCCUGUGUUAAUGGCGCCUACAUGUGUCUUUUUGGCAUCCAAAGUAGAGGAAUUUGGAGUAGUCUCAAAUACAAGAUUGAUUGCUGCUGCUACUUCUGUAUUAAAAACUAGAUUUUCAUAUGCCUUUCCAAAGGAGUUUCCUUAUAGGAUGAACCAUAUAUUAGAAUGUGAAUUUUAUCUCUUAGAACUAAUGGAUUGUUGCUUGAUAGUGUAUCAUCCUUAUAGACCUUUGCUCCAGUAUGUGCAGGACAUGGGCCAAGAAGACAUGUUGCUUCCCCUUGCAUGGAGGAUAGUGAAUGAUACCUACAGAACGGAUCUUUGUCUACUGUAUCCUCCUUUCAUGAUAGCUUUAGCUUGCCUACAUGUUGCCUGUGUUGUGCAGCAGAAAGAUGCCAGACAGUGGUUUGCUGAGCUUUCUGUUGACAUGGAGAAGAUUUUGGAAAUAAUCAGGGUUAUUUUAAAACUAUAUGAGCAGUGGAAGAAUUUUGAUGAGAGAAAAGAGAUGGCAAGUAUCCUCAGUAAGAUGCCCAAACCAAAACCACCUCCAAACAGUGAAGGAGAGCAGGGUCCAAAUGGAAGUCAGAACUCUAGCUACAGCCAAUCUUAAAACAUUCCGAAGAAUUCCAUAAUGGACCACUUGGAAAUAGACCAUUGGACAGAUUUCAGUAAUG